CCAACAUACAAACCUAAUCUACAAGGGCAGAAGUUUUGAUUCACCUAGCUUUCGUUUUCAUUAUCUCAAUAGCAAUCUAGCUAGCUUGUGCGCAGCAAGAGUGUGGAUGAUGUGGUGAUUGAAAAAUGGUAUAAACCCACUCAGCUCUAGGGUACCUUGCACAAUGUCGACGUCUUCGAUUAACGGCUGGUGUCUCACCUCCCUCUCUCCUUCUCAAUCUUCUCUCCAGAAAGCCACAUUACGUCCCUCUAUCUUUGCAAGCCUCAACUCUUCUCCUGUUUCUUCUUCUUCUAUCCCUACCCUUAUCAGAAACCAGCCUGUUUUUGCAGCCCCUGCUCCAAUCAUCAAUCCUACUUGGAGAGAAGAAAUGGGAAAGAAUUCGUACGAAGAGGCAAUUGAAGCCCUCAAGAAACUCCUCAAUGAGAAGGGAGAACUGAAACCUGCUGCUGCUGCCAAAGUAGAGCAGAUAACAGCUGAGUUACAAACUGCCUCAUCUGACACCAAAUCCUUCAAUCCAGUUGAGAGGAUUAAAGAAGGCUACAUUCACUUCAAGAAAGAGAAAUAUGAUAAGAGUCCAGGAUUGUACAGUGAACUCGCCAGAGGCCAAAGCCCCAAGUUUAUGGUGUUUGCGUGCUCAGAUUCCAGGGUUUGCCCAUCACAUGUGCUGGAUUUUCAACCUGGAGAGGCUUUUGUGGUCCGCAAUGUUGCUAAUAUGGUCCCACCAUAUGAUAAGGUUAAAUACUCAGGGAUUGGUUCUGCUGUUGAAUAUGCAGUUCUGCACCUCAAGGUGGAGAACAUUGUGGUGAUUGGUCACAGUGCCUGUGGUGGAAUCAAGGGUCUCAUGACUUUCCCAUUUGAUGGAAAAUAUUCUACUGACUUCAUAGAAGAAUGGGUCAGUAUUGGGUUGCCUGCCAAGUCCAAGGUCCUAGCAGAACAUGGAGGUGCAGAUUUGCCAGAACUAUGCACACACUGCGAAAAGGAAGCAGUGAAUGUAUCCCUUGGAAACUUGCUGACCUAUCCAUUUGUGAGAGAAGGCUUGGUGAAGAAAACUCUUGCACUAAAGGGUGGCUACUAUGAUUUCAUUACGGGAAGUUUUGAGCUCUGGGGGCUUGAGUUCGGCCUUUCUCCCCCUCUCUCUGUAAAAGAUGUGGCCACCAUACUACAUUGGAAGCUCUAGUCCAUUGCAUAGAGCUUGAGGCUGUUGGAGACUAAAGAAAGUAUCAGAUAUGCUAGAAGAUAGGAGAGUGAUGAAAUGUUUCAAUUUCACACGCGGUGCAAAGGCCUUAUAAGGUCUUAAAUGGCCUGAAAAAUAAUGUAUUCUUUGCCUACCCUUAGGAUAAAUUUGAUAUUGGCGCACAUCUUCAUACUGUCAUCUUCAUACCCAGUUAGAUCAAGAGAGGUUUUUUUUUUGUGCAAACUGGUUUAGUAUUAUAUAAUUAGAUGAAUCAAGCAUAAUGUGAUAUAAGGAUGGUAGUAGAUUAUGAUUCUUGACAAAUUAUAUUUAUAUAAAAUAGGAAAAAUUUAUAAUUUGAUCCUACAA